AAAAAAAAAGUAUUCCAACGAAACGAACUCUACGUGGGAGAAACACGCUCGUCAGAGGGGGUGGUUUUUCAUUCAAUAAAAAUGGUUAAAAGGCAGCAACUGCACGGUCAGACACUGGGAGCGAGUAAGUUACCACGAGAGGCAGAACCGCACAGGCCUGAAGUGAUAUCCGCACCGGUCCACCAGUGUGUUCUCCUCUGUUCCGUUGAAGCAAACCCAGAUACCACCAUGGACUGCAGGGUCAUAGCUUCCGUUCUCAUCUGCCUGGCGUUUGUGUCCAUCACCACUUCAGGCUUAGAGCUGCGUUGCAGCUGCAUUAAAAGACGCAGUGAGUUAAUUCCUCGCAAGCACAUCCAUCAGCUGGAGAUCAUCCCCGCAGGUGCACACUGCGAAAGGCCGGAAGUCAUUAUUAAAAUUAAGGGAGGAAAACUCAAUAACGAGAUAUGCGUGGAUCCUGAAGCCAGAUGGGUGAAGAAUUUGAUUAAUUCCUCAACGAGAAAGAUGGGACAGAAAAAAUAACAUUCAUCUUAGGACUGUUCGGCUUUCAACAUGGAAGUUCAUUAUUACAUGCUUGUGGUGUGGGGAUGGCGGGUUUAAGCAGCCACACCUGCCCUGGGUCAAGCUAAUUAGACCUGGCCAAUUGGAUGAUUUGUUAAGAAUGAGAGAAUUGGCCAGGCUAAUUGGACCCAGGAACAGGAGUGGCUGCACCUGUGCGUAGUGAGGUAAUCAGUGCGCACAGGUUAAAUCUGCCAUCCCCACCCACACAGGGGAGCCUCUCUGUCAUGACAGUGUGUUAACAUCUGCUCCUCGGCUAUAACAUCUUGCCGACCCUUGCAAAUAAACGUGGACUGUUUUAACAUCGUCUCCCUGUGUCUCUGUGCUGGAGGGCCCCAAGGAAAGCCACUUCGGUGGCCUGUGGCAGGCGUGUUUGCCACAAUGCUCAAUAUGGACUAUUCAUAAACAGCAUUUAUUGUAUGCUUUUAUACUAAAUAUCAUGAUGUUAAUUAAUAAAUCACAAGUGUUUCAGUUCUCAGCUCCUUCGGCAUGGAAUCCAGAAAGAACUUAAUUUACAAGAGCUUGUAUCAUUAAAUUAUUUUUUUUAAAAGGCUUAAAGUGAUGGAGGAAAGUGAUUUUUGUAAUUGUUUUGACCAUUAGUUGUACUAGAGACUACUCAUGUGUAACCAGAUUGUGAAACUUUGAACAUUGCUGUUUGUCUGCUUUUAUAUUUUGAUAAAUGUUGAAAUUUUGUUGUGUCUGUAAUUGACUGCUGCUUUCUUGGCCAGGUCUCUCUUGAAAAAGAGAUUUGUAAUCUCAAUGAGACUAACCUGGUUAAAUUAAGGUUAAAUAAAUAAAAUCAAUUUUUAAAAAAUUCCAUAACAGAUUAUAUACGUGUUGCUAUAUUUUGGUGUGCACUAUAUAAGCUAUGACUGAUUUUUAGUCUAAUUUCUACAAUGUCAAGGUAUGAAGGAAUUCUUUAUAUAUAAAAAUAACAUUAUUUUAGGAGUUUUCUUUGUGUGAAAAGACAUGUUUGGUAAUGUGUUGUUGUAUUGGAUGCAUGUUUUAACUAGCUUUUAUUUAAAUAAUAUGUUAUAAAUAAAAAUGAAUAAAA